AAGGUUACAUUGAGGCCCUGGUUUGAUGCUUUCUGACCUAUACCCCCGCCCCCGAGCCUGUGUACUGGGAGAAGUUUGCAGGCUUUAACUGCAUUUUCCACUUCACAAGCUUUCUUUUCCUGCUUUGCUGCCCCACCCGGAGCUUCUUCCACUUUUGUGAUGCAAUAAGUGAAAGUGGCUAACCUGGUCUGGGACAUUGCUAUUUUAGAAAGAAGUUGAAACUCAAGACUUGGCAACAAGUGUCAAGGAAAGGCUUUGGGCUUUGCUAAAGGGGAAGGAUUCUAGCAGGGGUCACAGAAGCAAAAAGGAAUAGAAAUCUAAGAAGGAGACAACUUUUACCCCCAGACGAUAUUUUACAAGCAAGGGAACUCGACUUGAAUAAGAGACCUCACAGCACCAUGACUGAGAUCACUGCUGAAGGGCAGGUGUCUGCCACCACCGCAUCUGUGAUAGACAACAAGAAUGGAACCGUCCCUAAACCUUCAUCAGAUGUGCCAAAGAAAUCUGUGGCUGACGACUUAGCUUCCACAUUCAGCUCCCCUACAGCAUUGUUGCUUGUUGUUGCUUUAAUUGUCACCUGGUCAGCUGUUGCCAUUGUCAUGUUUGAUUUAAUGGAUUACAAGAGUUAUGUUGCACCCUAUACACAAUACUGUGAUGACCCCUGUUUACCACCUGGAGCACAUCAGCCUGGUUUCAGCAAAGCACUAAAGGAAGCAGAGAGCCCUAGAGGAGGUAUAAGUAAGCUCGGCUCUGACCCAAUGAAAGUCAUAGAUGAAGUGGUGGAAGAGUCCACUGACUGGAUACACGGUGUCAUGUCGUUACUGUCUGACAUGAUAACGCCUGACGAUGAUGAUGAGGACGACGAAGGUGACACAGAGAAACCACUGAAGAGGAGAGGUGAAGAUAUCAUGGCUGGUGACUAUGAUGGUAAUGGUGACAACGAUGACAGUCAUGAAGACAGCGGUUUUAUAACUGGGAAAGAGGAGGGUGAAGGCAAUGAUGGUGGUGAGGAGGAGGAAGAGGAAGAAGAUGGCGAUGAGGAGGAGGAUGACGGUGAAGCUCAUCCAUCGAAGUGGAAAGCACAACCAGUAAUGAAAAAAAACACCAAAGAAACUACUGAAAGAAAAUCAAGGGAUGAAAAGAAAGCACCACCAAAAGAGGUGAGAAAGGUUAAAGUCACCAAGGCAGAGGAAAAGACAAAGAUGGCAGCAAAACCAGAAAAGAAAGUAGAGAAAGCCAAGAAAGAAAUAAAGGCAGUGGAAAAAGCAAAGCCCAAAGCCAAGCCGAAGCAGGAGAAACCGUUGAAGACAGAAUCAAAAGAUCAGUUUGAGUUCUGUCGCUAUGUGGUUGGCAUGUAUACACAUGAGGAUGUUUCUUCAGGGGUAAAAGCAGCAUUAACUCCAGCCCUGCCUAAAGGAAGCUCCACAACAAAGAACCCAGCAGCACCUGCUGUGAAAGGGCUAAAGGAAGCAGUAACUGCAGCUCUGCCUAAAGAGAACCCCUCUACAAAGAAGCUUGCAGCACCUGCUGACAAAGAGGAAAAGCCUGUUGUCAAGCCCAUGCAAGUCAAAAAAGAAGAACCUAAAAAGAAGCCAACACAAGAACCUAAAAAGAAGCUGACCCCAGAAACUGAAAAAUCAGCAAAAGAUAAACCAAAAGUUAGAACUGCCACAACAAAACCCAAAGCUCAGAAAGUCCCUCCUCCCUCAGCAACAGAACCAGAAAAAAGAAAACAGCUUUCUAGUAGACCAAAGGAAACAAAAGUUGAAAAGAAACCUACCACAAAGCCAAAGGAAACUAAAAAAACCGAGGAGGUUCUCGUUCCAAAAGUUGCUCAAGCUAAAGUGGAAAAGCUAGAAAAGAAAGAAGCUAAAGCUGAAAAGGUGGUGAAGAAAGAAGGUAAACCACAAAAUGUUGUAAAGAAAGAAGUUAAACCCCAGAAGGAGAAAGCUCCUGCCCAUGUAGAAAAGGAAAAGUCAAAAGAUGAAGGAAAAAAAACAGCAAAACCUGAAGUGGCAGAAGAAAAAGCUAGUCCACCACCUGCAAAGAAAGCUGAAAAGGAAAAAACCAAAACAGCAAAGCCUGAAGUUGCAAAGCAAAAAGUCAGUCCAGUACCAACAAAGAAAGCACCACAGACAACAAAGGAAGUAAAGUCUUCAAAAGCUGCAGAACCAGCAUCACAGACAAAGAAGGAAGUAAAGUCUUUAAAAGCUGCAGAACCAGCCAAAGCAUUGAAAACCGAAGAGCACAAAGAAUCAAAACCUGAAAAGGAGAAAGCAAAACCUGCAGCUGUUCCUCAGGGAAAAGAAGAAAAGGUGAAGGAAGUGAAACCUCUUUCUCGUGCUGCUGAAGCCAAGCCAACAAGAAGCCAUCCACCAACAAAGACACCACCACUAACAAAAGCACCCCCUCCAAAGCAUGAAGCUGUAAAACAGGAAAAAGCUGUGCCUCCUGCCAAACCAGUGUAUGUUUCCCAAACAGAGCCUGAAGCUACAAAAGAUGAGAAGUCUGCUAGGACAGAAGAAAAGGUGAAGGAAGUGAAACCUCUUCCUCGUGCUGCUGAAGCCAAGCCAACAAGAAGCCAUCCACCAACAAAGACACCACCACUAACAAAAGCACCCCCUCCAAAACAUGAAGCUGUAAAACACGAAAAAGCUGUGCCUCCUGCCAAACCAGAGCCUGAAGCUACAAAAGAUGAGAAGUCUGCUAGGACAGAAGAAAAGGUGAAGGAAAUGAAACCUCUUCCUCGUGCUGCUGAAGCCAAGCCAACAAGAAGCCAUCCACCAACAAAGACACCACCACUAACAAAAGCACCCCCUCCAAAGCAUGAAGCUGUAAAACAGGAAAAAGCUGUGCCUCCUGCCAAACCAGAGAAACUAGCGGAGGCAGAGAAGAAACCUGCUAAAGAUGAAAAACCAAAAGAUCCGAAAUCUACAAAACCAAGAAGUAGCAUGCCAUACUUCCAAUGUGUUUUUGUUGAUGGAAACAAUGGCUACCCCUUCACACCCAGCCAGAGUCUACCUGUGAUGCCCAAAUCAUCAGAAAAGAAGACACGGUCCCCAGGGCAUUAGGACAUAAGAGACUGAGGGAUUGUGGAAAGUGUGCACUGCAAGCCUUGUCCUGAGGUUUGUGUAACUGCAGCAGUGUGAUCCAGGUGGAUCAUGUUUUUACUGUAUGAGGAUACAGGAGGCUGGCUGGAUGAACAGUUUGUUUUUUUUUGUUUUUUUUCUAGAAAAGAUAUAUAGGCUUUUUUGAGGGCUGGAGUAUUUUAAAUACUCUUUUCCAAUUUAAACGGUUGUGGUGCUAAUUUUGUAUUGCAUUUUUUUUUUCUGUGUUUAGCUGUCAAUGUGUAUUGUUUAAUUCUAAAAGGAGUUACAUUUGACUAAGAUUGUAAGUGCAGCCUCUUGCUUGCACAGCUCUAAUACUACUGUAUAAUUCUAUAGAAAUAAAUGAAUCAAACAUACCAUUAUAACAGCUGGUAUAUGGCAGUUGCAGCUGGUGUUGCUAUUCUGACCAGGGACUUGAAAACAUCCUUUUAAUUUCAAUAGCUAUUUAAUUAGCAGACAACACAGAAAAGAAAUAGGUGCAGAUAAUGUGUAGUUGAUGAGUCUGCCUCUAGAGGUGACUUCUGCUUUUAAAACAUCCCUAUCUUAAUUUCAACAUUGGAGUGACAGUAAAAAAUCCUAAAACUUUUUUUAAAUAUUUUUGUAAUUCAACAUGACAAGUUUGGUGGUUGGAUUUUAAUUCGAUUUUCUAUAUUCUAAAUUACUUCUCUUACUGCUAUGCAACAAUGAACUGAUCGGUGUUGUUGAUUGAACAGAAAGUUUUACUUAAUGUAUGUAUUUUACAACAAUACUGAUACAUAAAAAAUAUGAUUUAUUUUGUAUAACCUAUAGUUAGGGACCAGCCAACCAAUAGAGAUACUGUGAAUAGGUAUUUUAAACAUCUACAAUUCUCAUAGUUUACAGACAGGUGUCCGAGAGAGGUUUUAGUUACAUCACACAAAGACAGUGCUCUGGUGCCAAUGCAAAUACUAUGUUAGCUCCAAAUUAAAUUAACUGUUGGUUCAGUUUAGCACAUUGCAAACUGUGAAACCUUAAAAUAGGUGAUGUUCUUGCUGUCUAUUCCUGUCAUUGUUAGGAGUUGUAAAUAUAUUUCAAAGUGCUGUCUUUUUAUUUUUUGUGCCUUUUCAAUGUGGUGAAAUUUUAGUUUUUGUGUAAAAAUGUAUUUGCAGUUUCUUACUUGAUGGGUUGCAGACAAAUAGCUGUAUCAAUGACUGUAGAUACUUUUUUUGCACACAAAAAAUACUGGACAGACAGUGCUGAACUUGCAAACUCCUGGAAGCAACACUGUUAUAGAUUAAAGGUGUAUCAUCAUAGUUGUGGAGCUGUUUAUCCAGGCAGUUUUAUAUACCCUAACCACCUGAGUCUAUGUCUUACAACAUAGCUGCUGUAUUACGAUCACAUGGUUAUUUUGAGCUACAAUAUAGACAUUGCAAUAUUUCACAAUAGUUUCUGAACAUUAUAAGAACUUGUGUUCAUUGCAUGUAACCCAGCCAAUGGGGAAAAUGUUACCAUUGAUUUCAAACCUAAUGUAUCUAAAAUCCUAUCCAUGUGCAUGGCUUGUCUAGAGGGAAAGCUGUUUCCAUUAAAAUGUUAUAUAAAGAUG